AGAACCCAACCAUGCCAUUAACAAGUAAAGGGUCAAGACGGCGGGCCUGGGUCAGCGGACCCUGUAUGCCUCUCUGGCGGUGGAAGCCGCUCUGUCUUAGCAUUGUCCUUGUUGUUAUUCAGUUUACAACCGCCCAUGGAGAAUUGGAGCUCCAGCUGGAUGAAGAACAGCCUGCUGGGACCAUCGUUGGGGAUAUCAGUGCCGGGUUACCACCCGGUGAAACUGCAAGUCUUUACUUCAUCUCAGACCAUGAAGGCACAGGUGUUGGCAAUGAUCUUAACAUUGACGAAACCACUGGCAUCAUCACCACCGCUCGCCGCCUGGACCGCGAGCAGAGGGACCACUACAGCUUCAUCGCUGUGACAAUGACAGGAGUCACGAUUGAGGUGUCAGUCACUGUCAACGACAUCAACGACCAUGCGCCUGUGUUCCCUAAAGAGAAAGCCGUUCUCAAGAUUCCUGAGCACACAGCAGUGGGGACAAGGUUUUCCCUGGAACCUGCGACUGAUGCAGACAAGGACCAGUUGACUAUCCAAGGCUAUGCGAUUAAAGAGGGCAAUGUAGGCCAGGCAUUCAGACUGGAGACCAAGAGAGCCACUAACAAGGUGCUGUAUCUGGACCUGGUGGUCAAUGGGCCACUGGACAGGGAGAAACGCUCGUCCUACAGCCUUGUACUGGAGGCGUUUGAUGGGGGCUCGCCCAAAAAGAUGGGAUCCAUGAGCCUGGAAGUGACAGUGACGGACAUCAACGAUCAUGCGCCGUUGUUCAAUCAGAGCAGAUACCACGCCAUUAUCUCUGAAAGUCUUCCACAAGGAAGUAGCAUCCUACAGGUGUUUGCAACAGACGAGGAUGAGAGCGAUAAUGGUCUGGUGCUUUAUGAAAUCAACCGGCGUCAGAGUGACCCUGACCGCUACUUCGUCAUGGACGUAAAGUCAGGGGUCAUCACCCUGAAUAGGCCCCUGGACUAUGAGCUAAAGAGGGUCCAUGAACUGGUGGUCCAGGCCAGGGAUAAUGCCAGCCACCCUGAAGUGACCAAUGCGUUUGUGACUAUCCAUGUCCGUGACUACAACGACAACCAGCCAACCAUGACCAUCAUCUUCCUCAGCGAGGACGGUUCUCCGAGAAUCUCAGAGGGAGCCCAACCAGGACAGUAUGUGGCCCGGAUAUCUGUCACCGACCCAGACUACGGAGAGUACGCCAACGUUAAUGUGUCCCUCGAGGGCGGCGAUGGGAAGUUUGCUCUUACAACCAAGGACAGCAUCAUUUACCUCAUAUAUGUGGACGAGGUCUUGGAUAGAGAGGAACGUGAUUCAUAUGACCUCCGUGUGAUGGCCACGGACUCCGGCACUCCUCCUCUCAGGGCCGAGUCGUCUUUCACCAUCCAGGUGACCGACGUUAAUGACAACCCCCCUCUGUUUGACCAGCAGGCCUACAGACAAACUAUCCCUGAGGUUGUGUAUCCUGGAUCCUUUGUUUUGCAAGUUACCGCUAGGGACAAGGACCAAGGACCCAAUGGGGACAUCAAAUAUACCCUCCUCAAGGGUAAAACCUCUCACUCUGAUUGGUUUUCAAUUGACCCGGUCACGGGGAUAAUAACCACCGCAGCCGCUCUGGAUUUCGAAUCCGAGCCUGCGCCCAGCGUGACUGUGAUUGCGACUGAUAACGGCCGGCCGCCCCUCUCAUCCACUGCGAAGGUGGACAUCGUGCUGCAGGAUGUUAACGAUAACCCACCGGUGUUCUCCAGCAGCAUCUACAAUGCCUCCAUAAAGGAGAACACUCCAGCUGGGACCUGCUUCUUAGAGGUGUCGGCCACAGAUGAGGAUCGCGGUUCCUUCGGCGCCAUCUCCUACCGGCUUGGCUCGGGCUCGGCAGGCGGCCUGGUACCGACGCAGUUCACCCUGGACAAGGAGACGGGCCAGUUGUGCACCAGCACGGCUCUGGACCGUGACGAGGGGCUGGACCAGUUUGACUUGACUGUUACUGCAACAGAUGGAGGAGGUCUGAGCUCGGUGGCCCGGGUGCAGGUUUCAGUGGUGGACAUCAACGACAACCGGCCCACCUUCUACCCGGUGCUCUACACCGUGAGCCUCAGCGCCCACAGCGCCCCGGGAACCUCUGUCGUAAAGGUCACAGCCAAUGACCCCGAUGCUGGGGAGAACGGCAGGGUGACCUACCGCACAGUGCCUGGAGGGGGCUCCACAUUCUUUACCCUCAACAAGGACACAGGGGUCAUUUCUCUCUCCCGCUCGCUCCACGGCAAAGCCAACACAGUUAUCUCCAUUGUGAUAUCGGCCGAUGAUGGCGGAGGUCUGACGGCGCCGGUCAACGCUCGGGUGAACGUGAGCGUGGUCGGCGGCUCGGUGGCGUCGCCCACGUUUGAGCAGGCGCAGUAUUUCUUCACCGUGUCCGAGGACGUCCUCAGGGGGACGGCGGUGGGAGUUGUCCGUGCCGCUGCCAAGACAGCUGCCUCCAAGGACAUCUUCUACUCCAUCUCUUCUGGAGACCCUGAGGGUUACUUCAAGGUGGACAGUGCUUCCGGUACCAUCCGUACAGCUCUCCCUUUGGACCAUGAGACCUGCUCCAGUCUUGACCUGGAGAUCCAGGCGCGCUCCGGCUCUCCUCCGGCGUACGGAACCAGCCGGGUACGGAUAACCAUCUCUGAUGUCAAUGACAACGCCCCCACCUUCCUGCCCUCCUCAUCCGAGUCCCUCCUCUUACCAGAGGUCACCAAAAUGGGGACCGUUAUCUACCGCAUUCAGGCCACUGACAAGGAUUCAGGUCAUAAUGGUCAGCUCAGCUUCGACCUGGUCUCUGCCGGAGCUGCAGGCAGCACUGGCCAGAGGACGUUUGGUGUUGACCGGGGAAGUGGGGAGGUGCGUCUGAUCGGGGGUCUGUCUUAUGACAGUGUCCCACGCUAUGACCUUCAGGUGGUUGCCAAGGAUGGCGGAGCGCCUCAGCUUAGCUCCACCUUCACCCUCGUGGUCCACAUCCAAGCACAAGAUGCACAAGGCCCCAACUUUGACACCCUGACCUACCGCGUGGAGUUACGGGAAAACACUCCACUCAACACGCGUUUCCUCCAGGUCCGAGCACUCAACAGAGAGGCUUCUGGGAAUGGUGGAAGCUCCUCCUCAUCUUCUUCCUCCUCUAUUUCCUAUCGCCUUCGACCUGACGGGGAUGCUGCUGGUUUUGGCAUCAUGCCUGAUAGCGGUUGGCUCUUUGUCCGUAGCUCUUUGGACCGAGAGGUCAAAGACAUGUACCUGUUGACCGUCCUGGCCUCUUUAGGCCCAGGAGGGACGGGGAGAACUGGAAGUGCCACAGUCAGGGUGUCAGUGACUGACGAGAACGACAACUCGCCCAGACUGAGCCAGGAGAGGGUGUUCCUGGCUGUGAGAGAGAACCUGCUGGCCGGGACCGGCUUUGGAAGAGUGUCUGCUACAGACAGGGAUGCAGGACUAAAUGCUCGACUCACCUACAGGCUCCUGCACGCUGACAGACACUUUCAGAUCAACUCACAAACAGGUGAGAUCAGCACCCGCCUCGCCCUGGACAGAGAGCAGCAGUCCAGUUACCAGCUGGUUGUGGUCGUCCAGGAUGGGGGGACGCCCCCCCGCAGUGCCACCGGCACCGCUCAUAUCACCGUGCUGGAUGAAAACGACCACGCCCCCAGUUUCACUCAUAACAGGCCGGACAGGGAGCUGCUCCUUCAGGUGAUGGAGGGGCUUCCAUCUGGGACAGUCUUAGGGACCCUGACAGCUAAAGACUCAGAUGAGGGCGAGAAUGGGACUGUGUACUACUCUUUAUCAGGCUCCAGAGCUGAGCGCUUCUCCCUCAACCCGACCAGCGGCGAGCUGAGGACCUCCGCCCCUCUGAGAUGGGCGGAGCGAGCCGAGUACACCUUCGAUGUGACGGCUGCUGACCACGGAACACCGGGCCUGAGCUCCACCUGCCAGAUACGGAUACAGGUUCUCAGCUCCACCAGGUCCAACCCGAAGCCCAACAUGCUCUCCAUGACCCUGAUCAUCGUGGAAGGCGUCCCCCCAGGCUCAGUCAUCGGCUCUCUCCGCCCGCACGACAAGCAAGACUCCAUACUGGAGGGCCAGGUCACCUACCUCGUGGUGGGGGGGACAGACCGCGACGGCACCUUCAUGGUGGACCGUCUGAAGGGCGACGUGUACCUGGUGCGCGAGCUGGACUACGAGAAGGGGUCGAAGUACAUGCUACAAGUGGAGGUGUCCGACUUCUCUCAAGCGUUUCCCAGCAGCCACCUGGUGCAGCUGGAUAUCAACGUGCAGGACAGCAACGACCACGCGCCCAAGUUCACGGAGGACCCGGUUACCAUCGUGAUCCCAGAGAACAUGGAGCCGGGGGCGUCGAUUUACACCUUCCAGGCCGUGGAUCAGGACGGGAGUGGACCCAACAGUGAGCUACGUUACUCCAUUGAGCACUACUGGCCGGACACGCCUGACUUCCUGACCGUCGACCCCAUCACCGGAGUCCUGACCUUUGGGCAGCAGCUGGACCGUGAGUCCACGCCCUCCCUCUUCCUCGUGGUGCGGGCCACGGAUCAGGCAUCGGAUCCCUCUCAGAGGCGCUGGGGCUCGGUCACCGCUCGGGUCUUUGUGACGGACGAAAACGACAACGCCCCGGUCUUCAGCUCUCCGUCUGCAGUCAGCAUCAUGGAGGACCAGCCUGUGGGGUUUGUGAUUUUGUACGUGAUGGCUCGAGAUGACGAUGAGGGAGAAAAUGGCCGCGUGUCGUACAGGAUCCAGACGGGGAACAGCGCUGGGCGCUUCAGUCUGAACCCAAACACCGGCUCCCUCUCCAUCCUGAAAGCCUUGGACCGGGAAGAACAGGAAGACUUCAAUCUGACCAUUGUCGCGGAGGAUCAUGGGAUACCUCAGCUCUCCAGGUCCCAGGUGCUGUGCGUGCAGGUGAUUGACGUGAACGACGAGGCUCCGGUGUUCCAGCGAGCAGAGUUCGAGACCCAGGUGAUGGAAAACCAAGGGCCGGGAACCACGGUGUUGACAGUAACUGCCUCUGACAGGGAUCAAGGGUCCAAUGGCCAAGUGACAUACGGAGGUGUGACGGAGGAAGGCUUCGUCAUCAACCCUGUGACGGGGGUCAUCACCACCACAAAGGAGCUGGACGCGGAGCUACAGGAUCACUUCACUCUCACUGUGUAUGCCAGGGACGGAGGGCUGCCUCCCAACUUCGCCAAGGCCGUGGUCCGUGUGGAGGUGCAGGACGUGAACGACAACGCCCCGGUGUUCUCGAAGCCGUGGUACCAGGUGGAGGUGCCAGAGAACCAGGCCCCGGUGGAGCUCUGCUUUCUCAAAGCUACAGACCCUGACUCAGGUCCCGGUGGACAGCUGGAGUACAGGAUCACUGCGGGAGACCCUCAAGGACAUUUCCAACUCCACGUCAGCACCGGAGCCCUGUCCACGUCCCGAGGCCUAGACCGGGAGAAGAAUGCGGAGUAUAAUCUCGAGGUGGUGGCCAUGGACCGAGGCAGCCCGGCUCUCAGCACGACCGCCACGGUGGAGGUCAAAGUGAUGGAUGUCAAUGACAACAGCCCGGUCUUCGACAGAAACAGCUACUCUGUGGAAGUAUCAGAGGAUGCUGCAGAGGGCACACAUGUUCUGGAGGUGACGGCCACAGACGCUGAUGAUGAGCUGAAUGGGAAGGUUCUGUAUUUCCUGAGCCGGGAGACACACGGAGCGUUUGCUGUGGACGAGAACACCGGUCGCAUCACCACGGCUGCACCUCUGGACCGGGAGAAACUGGCAUCGUACAGCUUCCAGGUGUUUGCCGUUGACCUUUCACCUGCUGCACCCAGGAACACGUCUGCUCAGGUGACAGUCACCGUCCUGGACGUCAACGACAACACCCCCUUCUUCAUCCAGGACCCACUUGUCAUUGAAGUGUCCAGCCAAAACUCUCAGCGGGUUCUAGCCACGAUGAAGGCAGAGGACAAGGACUUCGGGGCCAACGGUUCUGUGUUCUACCGUUUUGCGAUGCCGGUGAAGGGUUUCAGUAUCAACUCCCUGACUGGGGAGAUCCAAGCCACUCAGCCAUUGGGAGAUCUGACUCAGGCUCAGAGGACGCUGAUCGUGGAGGCCAUGGACCAGGGCACCCCCGCUCAGUCCGCACAGGGUGUGGUGGUGAUCUACGUGAAGGAGGUGCAGUACAGUGGCAUUCGCUUCUCGAGGAAUGCCAGAGACGUCAGCAUACAGGAGAACACCGCAAACGGCACAACCGUGGCUCAGGCUCAGGCUCAACACCCGGACGGCACACGGAAGGGUAUCAGCUACAGCCUCUUCAGUGGGAACAAGAUGCAUGCAUUCAGCAUCAGCUCCUCAUCAGGUGAAAUCUGGGUGCAGAAAUCCAGAGGCCUGGAUUUUGAGGACGCCCCCAGACUCCGGCUUGUCGUGAAGGCUGAAACCAUAUCCUCCACCUCUUUCAUGGCCAUCAACCUGAUCCUGCAGGAUAUCAACGAUAACCUUCCGCGCUUUCAACUGCAGAACUAUGUAGCUUACAUGAGAGAGGCACAGGGAUAUGAUAUGCCGAUCAUACAGGUGGUUGCCGAGGAUGUGGACCAGGGCCAGAAUGGUCAGGUGACCUACUCCAUUCAGUCAUCGGGUAUGAGCGGCCUGUUCAAGAUUGACCCGAUGACAGGAAGCAUCACCACAGCUGCCAUCAUGGACCGUGAAAUCUUUACCCAGACCAAACUCGUGGUUACAGCCACCGAUAGAGGAAGUCCAAGAUUGGCUGGUUCAGCCACGUUGACAGUGAUCAUCAUUGAUCAGAACGACAACAGUCCCACUAUUCCAUUACCAAAGGAAGUCCGCAUCCCAGAGAACAUGUUGAUCGGCACAGAGAUCACUCUUGUGACGGGCAAUGACGUGGACUCCAGUCCCGCCCUCUCCUACACUUUGCAGCUGGAUCCAACGGCGUCCGGCAAGUUUGGGAUUCACCGUUACAGCGGAGGCGUGUCGCUCACCGCCCCUCUGGACUUUGAGGAGAAGACGUGGUACACUGUCACUGUCCGGGCCACAGACAGCCAGCACCAGGCGGAGGCUAACAUCACAAUACUGGUGGAGGAUGUUAACGACAAUGCACCCGUGUUCACCCAUGAUCUCUACCAGGUAACUCUGCCGGAGCAUACGCCGCCGGGGAGUGCGGUCAUCACGGUGACAGCCACUGACAGGGACUCUGGCGACAACGGAAAGAUCACCUACAGCGUGACGUCAUCAACCCAGGAGGGAUUCUGGGUUGACCCAAACAAUGGCACCCUGUUCAUUAGUCACAGAGCUGAGUUUGACCCUGAGCGUCCGUCAGUCAGUGUCGUCAUUGAAGCUCGUGAUGGAGGAUCGCCUUCGCUCUCGUCCCUGACCACGGUCCAGGUUCAGAUCUCUGACGUCAAUGACAACGCUCCUGUUUUCCAUCAAUCUGAUUACAGGGCUACAGUUGCAGAGGAUACCAUUCCAGGGUCGACAGUCUUGACCUUCGAGGCCUUCGAUAGUGACCUCUCAAGGGAAAACUGUGGCUUCGACUUCGCCAUCGCCUACGGUAAUGAGGGAAACGCGUUCCAGAUUGAAAGCAGCGUGCGCUUCCUGGAGGGGCGGGGCUUUCAAACUGUUGGGACUCUGCUGUUGGCCGAGGGGCUCGACUUUGAAACCAAGCCACUGUACAACCUCACAGUGGUGGUAUCAGAUCGUGGCGUUCCCCAGAGGAGCUCGAGUGUGGCUGCAGUGAUUACCAUCGGUGAUGUGAAUGAUAACCCUCCAGUGUUCAGCAGUGCUGAAUACACCGUGUCCCUGAGUGAGGGAGCUGCUGCCGGGACGGAGAUCAUUCGACUAACUGCUACAGACCCAGACUCAACUCCCAAUGCUGAGGUCCAGUACACCAUCAGCUCUGGUAAUGAGGUGAACUUAUUUUCCGUGGACCAGUGGACCGGAGCUCUGCGGCUUCAGCAAGCACUGGAUCGUGAGCACCAGUCCACACAUGUCGUCAUCAUCCAGGCCACAGACGGACAGGGACACUUCACGCUAGCUCCAGUGGUUGUUGACGUCAAAGACAUCAAUGAUAAUCAUCCAUUCUUCCCGGUGGAAGUCCUGACAGCGAGUAUCAGAGAAAACCAACCAGCCAACUCAGCAGUGACUGUUCUACACGCUAUCGACCAUGACACAGGGGUUUUCGGCCAGUUGAAAUACUACAUGGUGGAACGGUCCAGGCUUGGAAAAGACAGUUUCAUUGUGGAUCAAAACUCAGGAGAAAUCAGAAGCAAAAUGUCCUUUGACUUUGAGAAGGUCAACGCCUUCAACUUUGUAGCAGUCGCUGUAGAUUCAGGAAACCACACAGCCACUGUGACUGUUCAGGUGUUUGUCACGGGCGAGGAUGAGUAUGACCCCGCCUUCACGUCUACUAAUUUCAAUUUUGAAGUCCCAGAGGGAGCCAAGAAAGGCCAGACCAUUGGCCAGGUCCAAGCAAAUGAUGAGGAUGGCGGUGUGGAUGGUAUUGUUCUUUAUUCUCUCCCCACCAGCUCUCCAUUCUUUGACGUAAACAAAACCACCGGGGCAAUUUUCCUCAAGCUGGACAGUUCAGGCAGUAGCAGUAGCAGCAGUGGCUCUGGCCGGUCCAAAAGGGACACCAGGCUGAUGACUCUAGACGUGAGAGCUCACAGUCCUCUGGAUACAUCUCGCACCACGACCUCCCAGGUCUCCAUCGACGUCACAAACACCAACUUUGGCCUGGCUACUGACGUGAACAUUCUGCUGAUUAGCAUCGUUGCUGUGUCCCUUGGUUUCAUCAUCUUGCUUGUGGUCCUGGCCGUGGUGGUGUUCCUGGUCAAGUCACGAAGGAAAAAGAAAGCACAGGAAACAGGAAACAGAGCUGCAGCCUCGGGAACUGCUCUGCAGAAACUGGAUGAGUGCAACUCGGGAUCUGGAGGUGAGAGAAUCUACCACCAGGCCCUGCCAGGCUAUGCUGGAGAUCAGGGCGGGGCCGGUGGGGGUCCCUACACCCGAGGGGGCUCUCUCGAUCCCUCUCACUCGAGUGGAAGAGGAUCGGCUGAAGCGGCGGAAGAUGAUGAAAUCAGGAUGAUAAACGAGUACCCCCGCGUGGCCUCCAUCACCUCGUCCAUGCAGGAGCACAUCUCGGCCAGAGGACCAGACUCUGGGAUUCAGCAGGAUGCUGACCAGCUCUCAGAUAUCUCCUGUGAACCCGCAGCUUUGGAGGGUAGCACUUGGUUCAAAGGAAAGAAACUGGGAGGCAGUCUCAGUGGGACUUUGCUGUCUGGCCAGCUCCCAGUAUACAGGGAUGACGGAGGUGGGUACCUGGGAGUAGGCCGUGGCCUCAACAUCUCCUUACCCAAGGAUUAUCCCUUCCCUGAGGACGGUAAACCUUCAGUGGAUGGUUCCCUCACAGCCAUCGUAGCCAGUGACGAGGAGCUCCGUGGAAGCUAUAACUGGGAUUACCUGCUUAACUGGUGCCCGCAGUUCCAGCCUCUUGCUAAUGUCUUCACAGAGAUUGCCAGACUGAAGGAUGAAACCGCCCAGCAGAGCCAGAACCCCCGCCAACCUUUCCAGCCAAAGCCCAAAAUGGACCCCAAACCUCGAAUUGAUCCUCCACCCCUCAUUACAUCAGUGGCACACCCAGGGGCCAUGUCAGUCCCACCCAAGGUCCCCAUGAUUGGACGGACAUUCCCCCAUUUGGCCUCACUCCGCAGGUCCCCAAUCAGUCACGAGGGCUCCAUCUCAUCUGCAGCAAUGUCCCCCAGCUUCUCCCCCUCUCUGUCCCCGCUGGCGGCUCGGUCUCCAGCUGUUUCUCCCUUUGGAGUCAACCAGGGGCCCUCAGCGUCCAUGAUCAGCACCAGAGAGCCCUCGCUGGACCAGAGUCCAGAUCGCGAGAUGAGAAUAUGAUGUAAAAAUUUGAAAACUAUUUAAGGAAGAACUUUUAAAACAGACAAUCGGAGCAAAGCAUGACAGAGCAUCCCUCUGGCCGUUUCUCUUCGAACUUGAGUGUCAGUUGAACUUUUGUGCUUGGAAACCGUUGUUUUGAAUGAGGGUUUCACAGAUGUCCAGUGUUUAGCUCUGGACAAUAAACGCACCCACGAAAAGCAUAAGUAACCUUCCUCUUUUAGAAUAUUUGUCUUGAAGUCCUUCCCUCGGUCGACAGUGUUACAGGAACACACGGAAGUGGAACAUGUGCCUGGGUUGACAGGACCAGCCCGCCCUUCCACAGUGACGCAGGUCUCCAUGAACUGAUUGGGGUGAGGAGGUUCACGGACCUCUCUCUCACCAUGCCCUGCAGUCAGAGAUCCCUUAGUGUGUAGAUAGAUAAAUGUGUAGUUUUCAUGUUACCUCACUGGCUGGCCAGAGAGUUAAGGGCCUUGUUCCUCUCUUUGUGUCCCCGCACCUUUUUACUCUCCAGUAUUAAACUCAUCGAGUGGCUGCUUUCAAAAUGGCUGCUGCACAUGUUUGUGAAUCCGACGGACAAGCGAACUGUUGCGUUGACAAAGACGCUGAUUCACUGACUCGCCAAUGCAUCACACAGGAGAUUGACCAAUGGAGACAUGUCUUUUGAUUUAGAUUUGUUUUGUUUUUUUAUAUAUUUUUAUAUGAAAUUAUGAUUUCAGAUUUCAAGAAAUGCCAUUAUUCCGCACGGAGGGGGUCAUUGAUUUGUGUGUAAUUGCAUAUAUGUAUAUUUGUAUGCAGACUACAUUAUGUACUGUAUGUGUCUCCUAGGUUUUUAGAGACUCUUGUGACAUUUAUGUUGUGAGUGAGCGGGAGACUGUUGUGUUUUUAUCAUUAUUUAUAUGAAAAGACUUUGCCGCUCCAUUUCAUCAGCAGGAACCUGAACAGCUUCACACUCUGCUGUGCUCUGAAGGGUUUGUCCUUUUUUUUGUCAGAUUGUAGAUCUCUCUCCAGAAACUCUACACACACACACACUCACCAACUUUGUUUCUCCAGGGACGGCUUCAUUUACCGAUCACCUCUGUGUCUUUGAAAAAUGAAAGUGCUUCCUUGAGUCAAUAACAUCAGUCGUAAAUACAUUUUACUGUGAAGUUGUUUAUCUUAGCACGGCAGCAGUAACAUGCAGGGAGAAGUGACACAACCUGGACAAAAUGUAGCACACGAGCCGAACGAAAGCGAAGCAGGAGCCGGAAUCCAUGAACCCUGAUGAAUGUACAAGGGUUUUGCAACCAGUGCAGUAUUUAUUUCCAUGCUAACCCUCUGUUCUGUACAUUUUAUUUCUGUUAGUCACACAUCGAGAUUGUCGAUGAGAUGAUGAGGUGUUUUCACCCGCCAUGUGUUCAUCUCGUCAGCCGCACCUUCUCUCUUCGCUCUCUGCGUUCAGAUCGAGUUUGAGCCGCCUGCCUGCGCUGCUCGAGGCAAAGACUCCGUGAAUGUUAUUUUUCGUUCUUCCAUGUGUAUCUCUGCUUCUCGCCUGUUUUUAAUCUUUGCAGAUUGGACGUCUUCUCAUUUUUCAAAAAAAGAUGGCUUCUACUCUGUUCUUUGUUCAACAUGUAACCCGACAACUUGUCUCGUGGCAAACUGACACUGGUUCAACCAAGAGCUGCACAUGCCGUGAGCCUGACUCUAGCACAAAGUGUUCUUGACUCCUAGUCACGCUGUGACAGACACAUUUCUGUAUUGGAGGACGUCCACUUGGAGCUCAGCUUGAGAUGAACGCCAGUGACUGAUCAGUGGAGCAAUGGCAGAAAAAAAAAGAAGCUGUACAUGUGUUUAAGGCAAAUAAUAAAAAUUCCUACUGAUCUCUUUUGACAAA